AUGGCCAUGGCGGCGCCUCCGUUCCUGGCUACCGCGCUGCUCGUCCUCACCCUGACGGCGCUGUGCAGCGGCAAUGCUGUUCGCGCCCAAACGCCUGUGUUCGCGUGCGACGCGUCGAACGCGACGUUGGCGGGGUACGGGUUCUGCAACCGCAAGGCGUCGGCGUCGGCGCGCGCCAAGGACCUGACCUCGCGGCUGACGCUGGCGGAGAAGGUGGGGUUCCUGGUGGACAAGCAGGCGGCGCUGCCGCGGCUGGGCAUCCCGGAGUACGAGUGGUGGUCGGAGGCGCUGCACGGGGUGUCCUACGUCGGCCCCGGCACGCACUUCUCGCCGCUCGUCCCCGGCGCCACCAGCUUCCCGCAGCCCAUCCUCACCGCCGCCUCCUUCAACGCCUCCCUCUUCCGCGCCAUCGGCGAGGUGGUGUCGAACGAGGCGCGCGCGAUGCACAACGUGGGCCUGGCGGGCCUCACGUUCUGGAGCCCCAACAUCAACAUCUUCCGGGACCCGCGGUGGGGCCGCGGCCAGGAGACCCCCGGCGAGGACCCGCUGCUGGCCAGCAGGUACGCCGUCGGCUACGUCACCGGCCUCCAGGACGCCGGCGCCGGCAACGCCACCGACGGCGCGCUCAAGGUCGCCGCCUGCUGCAAGCACUACACCGCCUACGACGUCGACAACUGGAAGGGCGUCGAGCGAUACACAUUCGACGCCAAGGUCUCGCAGCAGGACCUUGACGACACGUUCCAGCCGCCGUUCAAGAGCUGUGUGGUGGACGGCAAUGUGGCCAGCGUCAUGUGCUCCUACAACAAGGUGAACGGGAAGCCCACCUGCGCCGACAAGGACCUCCUGUCCGGAGUCAUCAGAGGGGACUGGAACCUCAACGGAUACAUCUCUUCAGACUGUGACUCCGUCGACGUGCUCUACAAUAAGCAGCACUACACCAAGACGCCCGAGGAAGCUGCCGCCAUUACCAUCAAAUCAGGGCUGGAUUUGAACUGCGGCACCUUCCUGGCGGAGCACACGGUGGCGGCGGUGAAGGCCGGCUUGGUGUCGGAGGAGGACGUCGACCGGGCGAUCACCAACAACUUCAUCAUGCUGAUGCGGCUGGGCUUUUUCGACGGCGACCCGAGGAAGCUCGCCUUUGGCAGCCUCGGCCCCAGUGACGUGUGCACGUCUUCCAACCAGGAGCUGGCCCGCGAGACGGCGCGCCAGGGCAUCGUGCUGCUCAAGAACAGCGGCGCGCUCCCGCUCACCGCCAAGUCCAUCAAGUCCAUGGCUGUCAUUGGGCCCAACGCCAAUGCCAGCUUCACCAUGAUCGGCAACUACGAAGGCACGCCGUGCAAGUACACGACGCCGCUCCAGGGCCUGGGCGCCAACGUGGACACUGUUUACCAGCCGGGGUGCAGCAACGUCGGGUGCAGCGGGAACAGCCUCCAGCUCAGCACCGCCGUGGCGGCCGCAGCCAGCGCCGACGUGACCGUGCUCGUCGUUGGGGCCGACCAGUCCAUUGAGCGCGAGAGCCUGGACAGGACGAGCCUCCUGUUGCCAGGCCAGCAGAUGCAGCUCAUCUCCGCGGUCGCGAACGCCUCCAGCGGCCCUGUCAUCCUCGUCGUCAUGUCCGGCGGGCCGUUCGACAUCUCCUUCGCCAAGGCCAGCGACAAGAUCUCCGCCAUUCUUUGGGUCGGCUACCCCGGCGAAGCCGGUGGCGCCGCCCUCGCCGACAUCGUCUUCGGACACUACAACCCAAGCGGGAGGUUGCCGGUGACGUGGUACCCGGCGUCGUACGCGGACACGGUGGAGAUGACGGACAUGCGGAUGCGGCCGGACACGUCGACGGGGUACCCGGGCCGGACGUACCGGUUCUACACGGGCGAGACGGUGUUCGCGUUCGGGGACGGGCUGAGCUACACCACGAUGUCGCACAGCCUCGUGUCGGCGCCGCCCUCGGAGGUGCCCGUGCGGCUCGCCGAGGACCAUCCGUGCCGCGCGGAGGAGUGCGCGUCGGUGGAGGCCGCGGGCGACCACUGCGAGGGCCUUGCGUACGACGUGCACCUCCGGGUGGAGAACGCGGGCGCGGUGGCCGGCGCGCACUCGGUGCUCCUGUUCUCGUCGCCGCCGUCCGUGCACGGCGCGCCGGCGAAGCACCUGCUCGGGUUCGAGAAGGUGUCGCUUGCGCCCGGGGAGGCUGGCACGGUGGCGUUCAGGGUGGACGUGUGCAGGGACCUCAGCGUGGUGGACGAGCUGGGCCGGCGCAAGGUGGCCCUCGGCGGCCACACGCUGCACGUCGGCGACCUCAAGCACACCAUGAACCUACGGGUUUGAUCCAAAAUGCGAUUUCAUUUGGUAGGGAUGAUAGAAUUCGAUGGAAAAAAAUAUGGGUCGUGGGAAUUGGUUAAGAAAUAAUUUAGGGGCUCCCCCAACGGGGAGUAGUGGGGAUUGGGGAGGAGUUGUUUUGCGUACGGUUGUUCGAUUUGAUUCGAUUCGUUUGGAAUUGCAAGGACCAUGUGCAAAUGUAAUCAAGUGUUGAUUCAUUGGAAGGGAGGAAUAGCUCAUUUCAUCCACUCGAUUCAA